UAACGGUAGUGACCACUUCGACCAUUCGUCACUCUGGCACAUGCGCAGAACCGAUACUGUAGCUUUCCCGGAUCCUGUACUGACAGUGCAAAUACAUCGAAGAAGAAGCGUUUCGGGGGAGCAUGUUAGCUUCGGAUUAAGGUUUAUUCACAGGAACGCGCGAGAGUUGAGUUGCUGCUCCGCGAGAGGAAGUCUCCUGAGCCUGCUCUCAUCCAGGAAGCUCCGGGUGCGUCGCUGAGAUGAGAGAAGGGUGUCAGCAGCUGCUGUGUGGGCCAGAAGACCUCUCCAAGCUGCAGCAGUGGAGCUCCAAUCUGGACCAGGAGGAACCAGAAAGUCCACAAGUCAAAGAGGAAGUGGAGGAGGAAGACAUCACCAACCUGCCCUUCAACGUUGAUGUAGUGAAGAGUGAGGAUGAUGAACAUGAAGCUCGGUCCUUGCAGCUCCAUCAGCCCAGGAAGACAGACAGAGUCCACUGUGGAGGCCCGGAACCUGACAGUAAGGACUGCAGGGACAGCAGUGGGGCCAGGUCUGUGCCAGACUAUGAGAAGGAGGAUGAACCUGAUGAUCCGUUGUUGACCUGCUCCAGCUGCAUGAAGAUCUGCAUGUCAAAGACGGGCCUGGCUCUUCACAGGAAGAUCUGCCGUGGAGAAGAAACCUUCUCCUGCGCCAUCUGUGGAAAAGGUUUCAGCAAGACCAGCAACCUGAAGACUCACCUGCGGCGACACACAGGGGAGAAACCCUUCACCUGCUCCGAGUGCGGGAAGACUUUCAACAACUCAGAUCAUCUGAGGAUCCACUUGAGGACACACACUGGAGAGAAACCAUUUUACUGCUUGCUGUGUGGGAAAGGAUUCGCUCACAAACAAACUCUGACCAUCCACACAAGAACUCACACUGGAGAAAAGCCCUUUGGCUGUUCGGUCUGCAGCAAACGUUUCACCCGCAAAGAACAUCUGAAGAUGCACAUGCGGAGUCACACGGGGGAGAAACCGUACCGCUGCCUGGAGUGUGGCAGGUGCUUCACCCGCAAGGAGAAGUUGAGACUCCACUUGAUGAACCUGUACAAGAAUGAUGACAAGUCGACCAAGACGGCCAACGCGUGCUCAUCGAGCGUCACGAACUGCACUUGAAUUCAGUGUCGGCGAGUCUGGUUCUCUACAGGCCUCUUCACUGCUGUGUGUGGACACGUUUGACAUUGCCAUGUGUAUCCUGCCUGCCUGAAUUGUGACCUGAUUAAACUGGUCUGUA